GCUUUGUACAUGUAAAGGUUGAGCAACAGAGAAGCUUUCGGUGCACAGUUACUCUAAAGUGUCUAUUCAUAUAAUUUAGUUCUCGUAUUCAGUUUAUUUCGUCCCUGCUUGCUUGAUUAAAAAGUUACAAUGGCCUACCAAUUAUUCAAACUUGGAUCUUCUAUAUCCGGCAAUUUGACCAAAACCGCUCUGCGAAGCAUCAGCACUACCGGAGUUAUCUGUGAACCGAGAAAAGUUCCCGAUAAGACUGGCAAAAAUGUUGUUUUGGUCGAUGGCGUUAGAACUCCGUUUCUGAUGUCCGGUACGGGUUACUCCAAACUCAUGCCCCACGAGCUGGCUCGUCAUUCAUUGCUGAGCCUUUUGCGCAAAACCAAGAUCGACAAGGAAGUGAUCGACUACAUUGUGUACGGAACCGUUAUCCAGGAGGUGAAAACAUCGAACAUUGCACGCGAGGCCGCACUAGCAGCCGGUUUCAGUAACAAAACGCCCGCUCACACGGUCACAAUGGCUUGCAUCAGCUCGAAUCAGGCCAUUACCACCGGUAUUGGUCUGAUAGCAACCGGAACGUACGACUCGAUCGUCGCCGGUGGCGUUGAGUUUAUGUCCGACGUACCGAUCCGUCACAGUCGGAAGAUGCGUUCGUUGAUGCUGCGAGCAAACAAGGCUAAAUCGGUUGGCCAGCGGUUGCAGCUGUUGGCUUCAAUUCGUCCGGAUUUCUUCGUGCCGGAAUUACCGGCAGUGGCGGAGUUUUCCUCUGGGGAAACUAUGGGCCACUCAGCAGAUCGGCUCGCUGCGUCGUUUAACGCUAGCCGCCAAGAGCAGGAUGAUUAUGCGCUCAGAUCGCACACGUUGGCCAAGGAAGCUCAAGAUAAAGGCUACAUGACUGAUCUGGUUCCAUUUAAGGUGGCUGGAGUUGAUAAGACCGUUGACAAAGAUAAUGGAAUUCGAGUUUCCAGUAAGGAAGCUUUAGCGAAACUGAAACCUGCUUUUGUGAAACCAUACGGAACAGUUACUGCUGCUAAUGCAUCGUUCCUGACAGACGGUGCUUCCGCUUGUCUGGUCAUGACGGAAGCCAAAGCCAAGGAGCUCGGACUGCGUCCGAAGGCGUAUCUGCGGGAUUUCUUGUACGUUUCCCAAGAUCCCAUCGAUCAGUUGUUGCUUGGUCCGGCUUACGGUAUUCCGAAGCUGUUGAAGAAAGCCGGACUCACACUGAAAGACAUCGACUCAUGGGAAAUCCAUGAAGCUUUUGCGGGUCAAAUCAUCGCCAAUCUGAAAGCACUUGAUUCCGACUACUUCUGCAAGAAUUAUCUCGGAUUAAACGAAAAGUUCGGCACCCCGGAUUUGACCAAAUGGAACAACUGGGGCGGCUCCCUAUCGAUCGGACAUCCGUUCGCGGCAACUGGAGUGCGACUGUGCAUGCACACGGCAAACCGACUGGUGCGGGAAAACGGCCAGCUGGGAGUGAUUGCUGCCUGCGCCGCCGGAGGACAGGGUGUGGCAAUGCUACUCGAGCGGCAUCCGGAUGCCACUGCUGAGUGAGCGGCGCUAGUGGUAAGGUAAAUAGUGUUUGUUUUAAAUUUACUCGAGAAUUAUUUUUAUAUAUAAAGUGAGGCUGGGUAUAUUUCCUUCCCGUCUGGAGAUGAAUAGUUAAAAGAAUUCUUUAUGUCUGCUGAACUGGACAAUCACGUUUCCAAUAGAUUCCAUGAACCUUCUGUUUUUUAUGUUUAUUACAUUCUUUACAUUUAUUGCUAACUUUGAAGGAAAUAUAUUUGUUAGGCGGUA